GAGAGCACCCAGUCAAUAUUUGAGAGCAGUCUUCAUCAGCACAUCAGGAGAGACACCAGAGUGAAGCCGCUGAGAGACUCAGAAGAUAGCAAAGAUGCAGUGGAGUCUGUUUCUGCUCAUUCUGAUGGGUCAAUGUUUCUUCUUCACCUGUCACCCCUAUAAGUACCACUUUAUUAAAGAGAACAAGACCUGGGAUGAAGCCCAGAAAUAUUGCAGAGAGAAGCAUACUGACCUGGCCACAGUGUAUGACAUGACAGACAUGGAGAGACUCCGUUACUCUAAAGAGAAACAAGAAGCAGUCUGGAUUGGGCUGCGCAGCAACCCAGAAACAGACAAUAGGACGUGGCACUGGUCUCUGCCAGGGGUGGAGUUCAAUGACAGUGAGACAAAGACAAAGUGGGAUACUACUGAACCCAAUGAUUGUCAAGGAAAUACUGAGAACUGUGUGCGGAUGGACAAGCCUGAUUGGAAAUGGAAGGAUGAUCAAUGUGAUAACCAUCACAACUUUAUCUGCUACAAUGAAAAACAGGAACCCAAUAAAAAUUUCCAUUUGAUUACCAAUGCACUGUGCUGGCCCGAAGCUCAGAACUACUGCAGAGAACAUCACACCGACCUGGUCAGUGGACUCAAUCAGUUAAAUGACCCGGAUCUCAAGGAACAAAUUCAUUCUUAUGAUGUGUGGAUCGGCCUGUUCAGAGACACCUGGAGGUGGUCAGAUGGGAGUCAUUUCUCUUUCAGAAACUGGCAUGUGGAGUUAUUUCCAGAUGACGACAGCAAGAAAUGUGCCAAAUGUGCCAUGACUAUGUUAAAUGGAACUGGAAAAUGGAACUCUGAUGAUUGUAAUAUAAAAAGAUCCUUCUUCUGCUAUAAAGAUAGAUUUGUCCUGAUCGAGGAGAACAAGACUUGGGAGGACGCCUUAUAUUACUGCAGAGAGAACUACAAUGACCUGGCCUCCAUCACUAACCUUAAGGAGCAGAGAUGGAUCCAACAGAAAGCCAAGAACGCCUCAACUCCUUUUGUCUGGCUGGGACUGCGCUACACCUGCACCCUGGAAUUCUGGUUCUGGGUCAGUGACGAGGUCGUCGGCUAUAAGAACUGGGCCUCAGGUGUAAGGAAUGAUGAGUGUGACAUGUCUGGAGGCAUGGAAAGAGGAGGAGAACAUAAGUGGUCCAGUCGGCCUGAUAAUAACAUGUAUAAUUUCAUCUGUUCUACGUUUUAAAACAUUUCUGUUUUUUGGUGGUGUGUUUCUCUUGAACAGUCAACAGGCUGAAAUAUAAUGUAACAUGUAUAACGAUGUAUUCAUUAACGUAUAAUCACCUGAAUAGAGAAAUCCUUAUGAUUUUUUUACCUUAGAAUGAGCCGUUUAUAUAUAUAUAUAUAUAUAUAUAUAUAUAUACACAGAUAUGUAUGGACUUCACGACUAAUUGUGAUCUGCUCUUCUGUUAUGAUUUGUAGCUAUAAACUGAAUUGAAUUAUCCUAUUUUGACACAGUACAACAGGUUUUUUACAGCAGAUAUUUGACUUGUCAAAAAAGCAACAGCAGUGUCUUUUUUAUAACAGAACUUGUGAUUGGUCUUAAUCCUGUCCUUUAGAAUUGCCUUGUGGAUAUAAUAAACAUAAAAGACGUGUACAUGCCUCUGUAUCAGUAUCAGAAGAUGUCCACAGGUGACUCCUCUAUCCACCUGUUCUCUAUGUUAUGACAGAUUUAAUAUAAUUUGGUCAUGUCACAGUUAUAUGUACUGUAGCUGCAUUUGUAUUUUGUUUUUUGUUGUAUUCAACAUUGUCCAGAGAGUAAGACCGGGGAGGACGCCUUGAAUUUCUGUACCACCACCGUGAUCUGGUGUCCAUCACUAACCCUCAUCAGCAGAGAUGAGACUCUUCUAAUGUUUUUUUGUUUUGUUUUGUUUAUCCUAAUCACAUUUAUGAUUUAUUUAUGAGAGACUAACUAUAAAAAUAAUAAAUUUACACUGUUUUGCUUCUUACACUCACAAGAUUUUCUUCUUGGUCAAGAUCAGGUGAUGGUUAUAAUAUAGAAAACCAUAUAUUUGGUCAUGACAUUAAAUUGUUGGAGUUUUAUGUAAAUUGAA